AUGAUAUGUUUAGCAGCUAGACGGCAUGCAGUACCAGUUUCAGUUUGUACUUCUUUCUACAAAUUUACUCCAUUUUUUGUAGCGGAUAUUGAUCGUAUACACUCUUUCGGUUCUGCCACUGCUGUGGUACCAUUCUCAGAGAUGGAAGAAAUGGAAAAUGCCCAAAUUGUGAAUCCCAUCUUCGAUCUGAUAUCUGCAGAGCUUAUAUUGCAGUAUAUAUCACAUACAUCCACCUUCACUCCAUCCCAUGUUUACCGUUUUAUUGGGGAUUAUUACUGUCGUGAUCGCACUGAAAUGUCUUUGUAG